AUGGCUACUGGGCCAGAUAACCACGCCUUCGCCGAAACUUUGCUUCUCCCUGAAACCCCAUUUACUCUACGGCCAACGAAAGAGAACACUGCUCGUCUACAGACUCGAACAACCUCUGAACUAUAUCAAUGGCAGAGGGGUAAUUUACGUGGACCUGAGUUUAUACUCCACGAUGGUCCCCCAUAUGCCAAUGGAGACCUUCACAUGGGCCAUGCUAUGAACAAAAUCCUGAAGGACAUUAUCACUCGCUUCCAUGUUUCUCGUGGUAGUCCCGUUCAGUAUGUCCCUGGUUGGGAUUGUCAUGGUCUACCCAUCGAAAAUAAGGCUCUCCAAGAGCUCGGUGCAGAUUCUAAGCAGCCCACAAAACUGCUCUGCGCGAAGUGGAAAGCCCAGAAGGCGCAGUUUCAACGGCUGGGUAUCAUGGCUGAUUGGAGCGCUGAAACCACAUAUCGCACUAUUGACCAUUCGUACCAAAUGCGCCAACUGCAUAUUUUCCGACAAAUGGUCAACAAUAAUCUCAUCUUCCGGCGCUAUCGUCCCGUACACUACUCGCCUUCCUCCCAUUCAGCUCUAGCCGAAGCAGAACUAAUCUAUAAGGACGAUCAUGUAUCGCACUCCGUUUAUGUCUCGUUUGUCGUGCGACACACGCAACAUGACCUUCUCAAGGCUUUCGUGGCAGAGGGACUUCGAUUACUCGUCUGGACGACCACUCCCUGGACUUUAAGCGCCAACAUGGCCAUUGCAGUAAACCCAGCUAUGGUAUACGUCGUAGCCCGCCCUACCUCGCAGUCCGAUUCUCCAAGUUCUUUUCUGGUGGUCGCCAAAGACCUCCUCCCCACCUUGACAAAUGUCAUUGGGGAAGUUACGGUGGUUCUUGAACUUGCUGGAACAGAUCUCCUCGGUACCUCAUACGCGCCUAUUUUCUCCAAACUUUCUCCGGAAAUGCCGCUUGAUUUCCUCCAAGUGGUCUCUGGUGAUCACGUGACAGACUCCUCCGGAACAGGUCUUGUCCACUGCGCCCCUGCGCACGGCGCAGAGGAUUACCUAUCACUUCAAGGGCUUCUUUCAAGGCAAGAAAUGAUUUGUCACGUGGGUGCCGCCGGUGAAUUCACCAAGGACGUGGUACAAACUGUUGGCGAUGUGGGAAAGACAUUGAUUGGAGAGAGUGUGCUGGACAAUGGCUCUCGGAAAAUUGUGGAGUUAUUGAAAGAAGUGGGUGCCCUCGUAAAGAUACAGCGCAUCAAACAUCGCUACCCAUAUGACUGGAGAACCAACCAACCAAUCAUCAUGACCGCAACUUCGCAGUGGUUUACGAAUCUCGACGAGAUCAAGAAAGAUGCGCUCACUGCCCUUGAGCGUGUUUCCUUUUAUCCGUCCACCUCCCGCGCGAGGCUUACCUCUUUCAUCGAUCUUCGGUCCGAAUGGUGCAUUUCUCGUCAACGUGCCUGGGGUGUCCCCAUUCCAGCUUUGCACCACAUCCCCACCGACACCGCUAUUCUCACUGCCGAUACAUUGGAGCAUAUUUUGAAUGUCCUCGACACCAAAGGAAUCGAGCAUUGGUGGGAAGGUCCAGUCACGGACUUUAUUCCCGCCUCUCUGCUCGAAUCUUAUCGAGACGAUGCUCCCGCGGAAAAAGUAUGGCGCAAGGGGAACGACACGAUGGACGUUUGGUUCGACAGUGGGACUGCCUGGUCGAUGCUUUCAACUAGAGACGACAAGCCUCAUGCAGAUCUUUGUCUGGAAGGCUCUGAUCAGCACCGUGGAUGGUUUCAGAGUCAACUUCUCACUGCCGUCGCAUCUGCCCCGCCUCAGCAGCGUCAACAAACCCCAUAUGCGACUUUGAUUACUCACGGAAUGGUGCUCGAUCAGACAGGCAAGAAAAUGAGCAAGUCUUUGGGAAACGUCAUUAGCCCAAUGUCGAUUAUCGACGGUGGACUGAACAAGAAGACCGAGCCUGCCUACGGUGCUGAUGUACUGCGCUACUGGAUUGGUUCUGUCGAUUAUUGGAAUGACACAUUCCUGGGUCCGGUUGUGAUCAAACAAGCCGCAGAAGGGGUCCGCAGACUGCGAAACUCUGCCCGUUUCAUUCUUGGUAACAUGGUGGAUUCCGAUCGUCGCCAAACGUUCGACCGAGUACCCCAAGCGGAGAUGGGACUGGUCGAAAGAUACGUCAUGAGCGAGUUGUAUGUCCUGGAGAAAACCGCUCUCGAUGCCUACUCUCAGUACAAUUUUGCUAAAGUCACCACUGCGCUGAACAACUUCGCUACGAAUACCCUCUCUUCGUUAUAUUUCGAUAUUUCGAAGGAUGUGCUAUACGCAAAUGGGCUCGAUAGUCACGAGCGCCGCGCGAUUUCUACUGUCCUUGAACAUAUUCUGACCACGAUGACCCAUGUCAUGGCCCCGAUCGUGCCCCACCUGGCAGAGGAAAUCCACGAAGAGUAUUACAAAGCGGAGACUUCUCUUUUCAGAAACGGGUGGGAAUCAUUGAAUCCCAGCUGGCAUGAUGCGAAAGCGACCGAGGAAAUGGGUUUACUGCUGAAGCUUAGGUCAGCAACCUUUUCAGCUCUUGAGCAAGCACGCGAAGACAAAAAAAUCAAAGGCUCUCUCGAGGCCGAUAUCGAACUUCUCCUUCCAGAGCUGGAGGAAGAAUCUCCGUUUCUUCAAUUACUUCGACGUGAAGAGAACUUCCUUAAAACACUUUUCAUUACCUCCAAUGCCACUCUCAUCGACGAGGGCUCACUCGGUGCCUCGUCCCCAGCUUGGUUGUAUGUCUCAACCACAUCUAUUCCAGGAAUGGAAGAAGAGGAGCUCGCUAUCCGUAGUCAAAUCGGAGGUCAUGUGUUCGCGUUGCAGUGA